AUGAUAGCACGAAGAAUAUAUUCAACCACCACCAAAUUAUUAAAAUCAGAGUAUUCGAAAUUAAGAGAUAAUUAUAAAGCUCCAAAAUAUCCAAUUGUUUUAUGUCAUGGUUUUUCAGGUUUUGACAGAUUAUCAUUAUUACCACGUUUAAAAACAAAUCAAACAUCAGUAGAUCAAGCCUUAGAGAAAAGUUUAAUUGAAUUAGAUUAUUGGUAUGGUAUUAAAAAUGCAUUGGAGAAAUUAGGUUCAACUGUAUUUGUAGCUAAAGUACCUGCAUUUGGUGAUAUAAAAUCAAGAGCUAUGAGUUUGGAUAAAUUUAUUAAUAAGAAAUGCGACCACCUACGUAAAAAUUCUAAAGAGGAGAUUUAUACGAAUAGUGAACAAUCAAAAUCAUUCAAACAGAAAAGCGAACCUAUCAAAAUCAAUUUAAUUGCUCAUUCAAUGGGUGGAUUAGAUUCAAGAUAUUUAAUUUCAAAAAUUCAAACAGAACAAAAAAAUUAUAAAGUAGCAUCAUUAACUACUAUCUCAACACCUCAUCAUGGUUCAGAAGCAGCUGAUUUUAUAGUAGACUUAGUUAAACAAUAUCCACUUUUAAAAUCAAUAUGUCCACAUUCGAUAUUUGAAAUGACUACAAAGAAUAUGAAAAAUUUUAAUAAGUCAAUACUAGACGAUCCCGAGGUGAAAUAUCUUUCCUUUGGGGCUAGGUUUAAUCCUCGAUGGUAUAAUUUAUUCAGCCUAACUUGGGUAAUUAUGAAAUAUCAAAUUUCAAAAGAACAUCAAAAACAAUUUCAAAAUUUUAUAGAUAAUGAUGGUUUAGUCACUGUUGAAAGUUCAAAAUGGGGUCAUUAUAUUGGGACUUUGGAUCAAGUUGAUCAUUUGGAUGUUAUAAAUUGGACAAAUAGAAUUAGAGCAUUUUUUAUGAAGUUAAUGUUUGCACAACAACCAGCAUUUAAUCCAAUUGCUUUAUAUUUAGAUAUAGCUAAUGAAUUGGCCAAAAAGGGGUUAUAA